AUUACAUUUUUAUUUAAAUUCUGUCCUGAAUCAGAACACGUGCAACAACUGAAACACAGAAACAACAUGGCGUAUUUACACGUGUGUGUGUGAGUGUGUGUUUUGUGUUAGCGUGCACAGGACAACCACACAAACGGACGCUUGGUAAAACGAUAAAAAAUCUCAGAAACGCAACAACAUUUCGCACCCUGUCGUCACGUAGCUUAGCGGUUAGCAUCGCUACUGACACCUCAACUUUCUCCGUCUCUCUGGGAGGAACGGAGGUUUUUGUUUCUCACGGAUAUCGCUGUUUUUGUAAAGCUAAAUUAAAGAAGAUUAAUUCAAAUUCGACAAAAUAAUAUUGGCUUAAUGUCAGGUUUUUUUGGCUACUUUUUGUCAGAAAUGUGAGAUUAAACUGUAAAAUUCCAGCUGGAUUACAAGGGAGAGCAUACAUUACAAUACAUGGCAAAAUAUAUGGCAGUCGGACUACAGAUACAUGGAAGUAUUAUUUAAAAAAAAAACAUUUUCCAGAUCAGUCACAACGUUUUUAACACCAUCGCACAAAAUGUGAGUGAAAAUAGGAAGGAAAAAGCGGAAGAAAUUAGAAAAUCAAAGACUUUUUUCCAGAUCCCUCAAGAGAAAGAGUUAAAGUGCAUCAACCAAUCAGAAAACAGCAUCCAGAGAGAACAGCCAAUGAGCUGCGAGGAGAGGCGGGACCAAGAGAAAACAACCAAUCAGACGUCAUUACUGGCAGUG